AUGGCGCCCAAGGCCUUCGAAAUACCGACCGUUACGAUCAAGCAGAUAGAAGACUUCCCCGUAGAUACAAGCCUGUUCCAAGUGCACGGCAAAGUAGUCGAACUAGACAGUCCUACUGACAACAACAAGCCUAACGUCCGCGAUCUUCCAUUUGGCCACAUGUGCGCAAUGCAAGUCGUCCUGCAAGAUAAGGAAGGGGCUAGAAUCACGGUGGAAGCCACAAGCAAGAACAAGCAGUUCGUGCAAUCCGUGAGCGACAGGUGCUGCAAGGACAACACGAUCCUUCUUCAUCGACCAGUGGUGACGUCAUGCAGGUAUUCUCUUACGGACAAGCCAACCUCCCUGAAAGUGCAAGAAGGUCGAACUCUCAUCCAGGACUCCGAGGAACACAUCGAUCAAAUCCAAGAACCAGCCGUCGGUUUCGAUGCUUUACAGCCAGGCGGGGUACAUAAGAUCGAGGGCCUGCUUAUCUACAAAAGCCGUGUGUCAACGCCAGCUACAGCAAGGGGCGAUCGCGAUGUCCGUAAAAUCAUCAUCAAAGACAGGCAGGGCAUCAUGGGCAGCAUCGCCAUCUGGGGCAGCAUGGCGCACAUCCCGGAGAUAAAGGACCUGAAGGUUCGUGAUGACGUCAUCGUCGUCGGUGGCGUCCAGUACGACAUGGACCAGGGCUGCAGCAGCACAACUUGGAACACUACUAUCACAGUGACCGGCCAGGCGGCAGCUGCAAUAGCUGGAAUCGGGCUCACCUACCGAGUGUCGACCGUCGACAAAAUCGUACCCUGGCCUCGAGUCGUACAAUCGCUGGCAGGCAACAAGUGGACAACAACGACAGUGCUCGGAAGCUUCAUCCAGUUCACCAAGAUCGACGCCAUCGGAUACGGCUGCAACGACUGCAGCAGCACAGCCAGCCGUAACCCGGUGACAAAGGAGCUCUUCUGCGACCAAGGCUGCAAGCCGGGGCCGCUUCGGGACGCCUGCGUGGAAGUGACGGUCACAGCGGACAUCCGCAUAGACGGCGGACCGGACUCGAUUUCCGUAAAGAUCUGGCCUAAUGAGUUCCCUGUCGUCACCGGUACGCACCUGGAGAGUUUCUGCACCAAGCCGCCCAACGAGCAACUGGACAACCUCAACAUCCGGCUCAAGAAUCGGAAUUUCGCCAUGCAUAUGCGGAUUCGUGAGAAUCCUAACACGCAGUUCAGCCAGUACCAGGCAAAUCUCGUCGGUCUAGAUCUCCCACCAAAUUUCGGGUUCUUCAACAAAAAAUAUAAGGCGGAGUAA